AUGAGACGGCUCAAAAUUAUAUUCAUUUGUAAGCUGACGAUAUGUUUACUGACAUGGUCCUUAUUUGUAGCGGAGUUAGAUGCGCUACGAGGUUCUGCUGUUGUACUUCAAGCCAAAGCGAAAGCGGACAAAAAAAUUUCGGAAUCGGAUGAAGCAAUCGACGUGGACGAGGAUGGGGAACCUGUAGCUGUCGAGUUGAACGUAACCACGACCACUAAACCCACGUUGACAGGCAUACCGCAGAUCGACUACGUGCACGAUCCGAACUUGCCCCGGGAACUGAACGGUUACAACUUGACGGAAUAUCCGUUCCUGAACUCGGUGCCCAAGGAUAUCGAAUUCAAAUGCGACGGACUGCACGAUGGUUUCUACGCGAGCAUGCCUCAUAAAUGUCAGCUCUACCAUCACUGUCUGUUCGGCACGAGGUUUGACUUCCUGUGCGCCAACUACACAGCUUUCGAUCAAAAGACGUUCAUUUGCCAUUUCGUGUCCCAGGUGGACUGCCCAAACUCGGCCAAGUACUUUAGCAGAAAUGAUGCGCUGUACAAAGCCGCCGAGACAACGACGCUGCCGACGACCACCACGUCCACGACGGCCGCGCCGCAGCAGCAACAGCAACAGCCGUUCUACCCGCAGUACCAACAGCAGCAGAUGCCGUACCAACAGCAGCAGAUGCCCUACCAACAGCAGCAGAUGCCGUACGAAGGUCGCAGGGCCAUGCCGCCAGGUUACGCGCAGGGCCGAAAGCGCAGGCCGUCGUACCGGAGACGUAGGCCCGUGUACGAGUACUAUUACGUGGACGACUACGACGACCAGCAGGAGUACUACGACGAUAGCGUCGAGCACAUGCCGGUGGCCAAAAAACCCAUAAGAAAACAUUCUAGGUUCAACAAUAACAAGCAGGCCGACCUAGAGGCCGAUUACCAGGAUAGCAGUUCGGAAUCGGACGCGCCGCCGAGCGGUAACUUUAAACAGCACAGAGGACAACACGCGCAGCAGCAGCAACACCAGCAGCAGCAGCAACAGCAGCAGCAGCCACGGCAACAACAACAGCCGUCGUCGACCGCUGUGACGAAGAACGUGUCCAAUCAGAUUUCUUCGGUGUACGACAAGCCCAGGGCCCCGCCCAAGAUCCGCCGUCCGGUGCCCAUCAACGAACGGGAUCGAUACGAUUACGUAUCGAAGUCUGGCCCACAGCCGGGUCCGUCGGCGGACGCCGCUCCCGCGUCCACCACCACGGCCACCAGCACCACCACCAGCACCACCACAGAAGCCGCGCCUGCAAAGUCGAGCUCCAGGGGCAGAGAGUCGCCACCACGUCCGGCUGCCACCGAAGAUCCGGUCGAGUAUUACGACGACGACGAGGAAGUGGUGGCAGACGACGAGUACGCCGCGGAACCGGAAGUACCCGCCGCGGUGAAAUCCGCGGUGGCCUCGGCCGCCGCCGCCUCGAAACCCGACCAGGUCAUCAAGCCGGUCAAGGCUGCCGCCAGGACGUCCGUGGCGGUCCAUUAUGACGCGGACCGCGUACGACGCCCGUCGGCCGCGACGGUCAGGUCAAAGCCGGGCAGGGCGCCCGCAACCGUUGCGCCGCAACCGCAGCAGCCCGCGGCGCCGAGGAAGAGGCCGGUGGCCGACGAUUACGAGGACGAACUGCCGGCGGCGGCCACGCGGCAGUCCAUCAACGCGGCGACCAAGCAACGAGCGUCCGGUCCGUUCCUGAUGCGGACCUCGAAACCGACCAAAGUCAGACCGACGCCCGCCGACGAAUACGAUGGCGUGGACGAAUCGGCGGCGGCGGCGGAGACGGUCUACCAGCAGCAGGCCAGGCAGCCGCAGCGCGUGAGCGUCAGGCAAGUGAUGGGCCCUCCGCACAACAACAGGCAGAGGCCGCAACAGCAACUGCAGCAGGACCGUCCGCAAGCUCAGCAGUACAACAGCAACAAGCACGUGAGGGCGACGUCCGCGUCCAACAGGAGGCCCAUGCGGCCCGUCUACGAGUACGCCGACGAGUACUACGAUGACCAAUAA